AUGACCAAAUCGCACUCUCAAGGUGAUCGCCACAGUGGCGAUGGACGACCCAUCAAUGGAGAUAUCAAAAAGGAUGGUGCUGGGCAGGCCAAUUGGGGAAAGGCGGGCGAGGCUCAGCUGAACGCUGACUCUGGAGUGAAUGACCCCAACGAUCCUAACUACGAGGAGAGUGCUAAACCUAAGCCUCAGCCUCAUCAGCGCCAGAGUUUUGAGGCCACAGCCCAGGAAGGCGUGGCAAAGGUGGUCGAAUAA